AUGAAUUCUGAAAUUAUGCCAAGCAAGUGGAAAGCAGAAGGGAGUGGCAGUGCAAUACCAAGACUGAGGAGGUAUGAGAUUUACCCUUCUAGAGAGUCUCAUACUGGAAGGACUCUAAUGAUCCACAAGGCUAAUACUGGUCUGAGAGAGGAUGGAGAAAUCAAAGAGGAGAGAACUGUCCCCUCCACAAAUAAUCACUGGUCCAGGCUCAUAGAUGAGGAGGGAUUAGAGCAGGAAAACUGGCAGGAUAGUCAGAGCCAACAACUACCACCUGAUAAAGCUGAAGGCAGUGGAGCCACUCCAGCAGCCUCAAAAGAAGAGGAUGACCCUGAGACCAUGGCUCAGGGCUGGACUAUUCAAGAUGGACACAUCAUGCAAAAGGAACCUCCUCCACUGGAAAGUCCUAUUGCUGAUGAUGAGUCUCUACAUUCAUUCCCUGGUCUGCCAUCAGGAUAG